CCCACUUUACGCAUGCGCGUAGCGGCCUCGGAGGAGCGGUGCGAGCUCCGCAGGUCCGUAAGGCCGGCGUUUCGGGCACAGCCUCCGCGCAGAGAUGCUGUGCCGGCUCAGCGUUAGGUGGCUGCGGCCCCGGCCUGCCCUGCGAGUCCGUGUCCUGGAGCCAUCGCUCGCACGGGCCCCCGCGGGCGGCGCCAAGCGCUCCGCUCUGCCAGUGUGGGCGGUGGCAUCGGUCUCCACAGUUGGCCCGAGCGGCGCGGGAGGCUGGUACGAGGCCUUGGCUACGUCGGCGCCGGUACAGGGCGCAGAGGACGUGCUGCUCUUGGCCCACACCGCCUCGGGCCUGCCCUGGUGGGGUAGCAUUCUCCUCACCACCGUGGCCCUGCGCGGGGCCGUCACGCUGCCCCUGGCCGCCUACCAGCACUACAUCCUGGCCAAGGUGGAAAAUUUGCAGCCAGAAAUAAAAAACAUUGCACGACAUCUUAACCAAGAAGUUGCAGUUCGUGCACAUCAGUUGGGAUGGUCCAAGAGAGUUGCCAGGCUCACUUACCUAAAGACUAUGCGGAGGCUUGUUUCAGAGCUCUAUGUUCGGGAUAACUGCCACCCCUUCAAAGCAACUGUGCUGGUCUGGAUUCAGCUUCCAAUGUGGAUCUUCAUGUCUAUCGCUCUCCGAAAUUUUAGCACAGGGGCAGCGCAUUCAGAAGCAGGUUUUUCUGUUCAGGAGCAGUUAACUACUGGUGGGGUCCUGUGGUUUCAUGACCUCACUGCUCUGGAUUCCACUUGGAUUCUGCCUGUUUCCGUUGGUGUCAUCAAUUUAUUAAUAGUGGAGAUUUUUGCUCUGCAAAAACUUGGAAAGGCUCGUUUUCAGAAGUAUGUUACUUACUUUGUUCGUGCACUGUCAGUGUUGAUGAUUCCAAUCGCGGCGACAGUACCUUCAUCAAUCGUCCUCUACUGGUUGUGCUCCAGCUUCAUGGGCCUUUCACAGAACUUGCUGCUCCGUUCUCCUAGAUUUCGCCAACUCUGCAGGAUCCCGUUGACCAAGUUAGAUUCAGACACUCCUUAUAAGGACCUCCUGGCUGCCUUUCACUCCAAAUUCAUUUCAAGAAAACCACGUACUUUAUAGUAAUUUUUGAAACAAUUACAGGUUUCACUGUUAAUGUAUUUAGAAGAUUUAGAACUUCAGAUAUGAUUUAAUUUGCUUUUGUUUAAAAUCAUGAGCUCUGUGAAGUACUGUGGAUUAAGAUACAACCCAGAUAUAUAUAACAAUACUUAAAAUCUUUUACGUGCUGAACAUGUAGUAUAUUUAAUUGUAUGCUAAGACUGUAAAAGUGGAAUCAAAGUGUCAGGCCCUGUUUAUAAAAUUACAACUUGCUAGAGGUUCCAGAACUUUGGAGAACAGGACCAGAAAAGUUUAUAAAAUAAGAUAAUCCAGUGAGGUGAUUUCUAAAAUUUGUAGGAUGUGGAGGAUCAUAGACCUGUUUGAUCUUUUAAUAAAGCCAUGGUUUUCUCUUCAGAAAAGUCCUUGAAACACAAAUGGAGGCCUUUAUUAAGCCUCCCUCCCAACUCCUGAAGGCCUUCUGGUAAUUCCUGGUUAAUAAUUCCAUUCUAAUGGAACAAGUUAAUGUAUGAUUUUAAAAUGAAAGGGACUUGAGAUACAUGCUGUGGAGUAGUCCACACAUGUAAGAAAGUACCUAACAUGGUAGGUGGUGAUGCUUUUCAACUGUGCUCUGAAAGAAUAUAAGAAGUGUACGUUCCUGUCUCUCUAAUUUAGGAAGUCUGCAGUACAGGGCAUGGCACUGAGUGCUGCUGGAGCCCAGAGUGGACAGUCUUAGGCUAAUCAUAGAGAACGUGAAGGGACUCAGUGUCUCUGAGAACCUGUUAAGUAAGCGAAAAUUUUGUAUUAGGGUCGAGAUAAUGCUAGUCAGGAGAUUUCUUUAGACCUGUAUGUCUUGAUGUGAUAAUACAUAACAUUAAGUUGGUCUGAGAAUAUAUAUUACCAAAUUCAUAAUUUCAUAGCUUAAAAACGAGCCAAAUUUUAAAAGCUUAAAUGAUCAGGAUAGUAUUUAUCAAGUUUUAAUAAUAAUUACUGAAUACAUGAAAAUACAUUAGUUUCAAUGUUCAGUUAGUCAGUUCAGUUGCUCAGUCGUGUCUGACUCUUUGUGACUCCGUGAACCACAGCACGCCAGGCCUCCCUGUCCAUCACCAUCUCCUGGAGUCCACCCAGAGCCAUGUCCAUCGAGUCAGUGAUGCCAUCCAACCAUCUCAUCUAUCAUCCCGUUAUGUUACUAGAAGUUAAAUAGUACAUGAAGAAUCAGCUUAUUCAGCCAGAAAGCAUGCAUCUGAACAGCAUGUCUUCAUUCAUUAGAGAUGUAAUUGUUGAUCACAUGAUUGUGAAAUAGGAUUAUUUUGCAGAAUUCUGGAGAUGGAGUUGUUUGAGUCUUUUCUGUAAUCUCAAAGUACAGUAGACCCUUGUCUGUUGUGGGCCCAAAGCCACAACCAUUAAAAGCUUUGAACUGUCAGCAGCUGGAAUCCCAACAAACUGCUGGAUCAAACUUCACUAGCUAAGAACUUACAUAGCCAUGGGAGGGAAUGAUUCCGUGAUUCCUGUACAUAAUAACUGGCCUGCCAUCAUUUGUGGAAUACAGUCUAAAAGUAAAAAGGACUGUUAAAAAUCUUUGAACUUUAUUUGGUAAUUGUAUGGCCCUUGUGAGUAUUGUGUUUCUGUUUUGGAACUCUUAUUCUCAGAUGAAGUAAAGUGAUAUUUACUGGUA